AUGAACCACUUUAGUGCAUGUCCAGAGCCGCUCCUCGAGAUGCUUUUCGAGCAGAGUGACAUUCAGCACAUGAUGGAUCAGAUCAGGAAACACCAGAAUAUUGCAGAACGCCUUCGCGAACUUCUGUCGGCACUAAGCGCCGACGUUCAUACAUAUCUGACGACAGAGGGAAGCGGCAUUGCUGUCAGGGUCGCCGAACCAUUCACGUUUGUGUGUUCGCCCGAGCCAGGAUCCUCUGCAAACGGCGGGCAGUCACUCAUGCCGGGGACUCUCGGUGUCCGCCCCGUUGCGCCUUCAUACGACGAGGGAAUCCAUCAGAUCACCAAAUUUCCGCACCAUCUCGUCGAAACUUUCGUGGCGGAUGAAGCGCUAAGCAACCCUGAGCUUGCAGGACGGGCGCUCAGACGGUACGCUCGUAGUUUUCUGAGCAACAAUCCGGACCGAACGGGAAUCUAUUGCCUGGACCUCGUCGUGGAUGGAUUCCAGGUGUACUACGCCGAUUUCAUGGAAUUUGCGUGCACGGAACCCAUGGCAUGGGACGACGACGGACUCAAGGUCCUCAUGUCAUACGUGUAUUCGCUCUACGACCCACCGGCGAGACACUACACCCGUGAUCCAACGAUGGUAUGGCGUGAAGGUCACAAGCGCAGUACGAUGUCGAUCGUUUCAAAUGGGGAGGUCUUCCCCGACGUGAGGUGCAUCUUUGCCCAACCUCCAGGUGGAAAGGGGACCCAGGUGUUCAUCGCUGGGCGACGCCCUACACGCCAAGCUAUCAUCAAGGAAUGUUACCGCGGGCCGCCAUUCCCAUACCAGACGGAGCGACCGGCUGAAGGGUUCAUGGAGGUUGAGAUUUUGACGAAGAUCCAUCAGCAUGGUUUCGUCCCGGGCGUUGUUCGCCUCGCGCACCAUGAGCUCGUCCCCUUGGGUGGGCCGGGACAGGUGGAGAUCACCACCGUGCAUAACUCGCCGCGCGUCAAGCACAGGAUGGUCCUGGCCGAUGUUGGCGAGUCGCUUUUGCAGGCCAAGAGCGUGAACGAUUUGUUGAAGGCCGUGUACGACGCACUCGAGGUUCACCGAACGUUGGCGAACCGUGCCAGAGUCCUCCAUCGGGAUAUGUCCAUCAAUAAUAUCCUGAUGUACCCGAGGUGUGCGCAAGCUACUAACGCACAGGUCUUGGAAGGCCUUCCACCCUUUAUCGACGAUGUACUGGACGAACCAGACAGAGUGCCCGGGGAGCGUGUGCCACGAUGCUUGCUCAUAGACUUCGACCUAGCAAUGACUCUCGACGACCCUUUCAACGUCGCCUCCGAAGAACUUGGACGUUCUGUGGGUACCAGUAUGUAUGUGGCUCGCGCGGCGGCUGUGGGCCGUGCAAUAUUCGCCCGGCACACGCCGCUUCACAUGCCCGAGCUGUCGGAAAAGGCCGAGGAGCUAUAUCUCGAUGCCUAUGGAUUCCAGCGACUCAUCAAGUACGACGAUGGCGCGAAAGUCUUCCACGGCGGAUGCGCAGUCGACCCUGGUGACGACGCCUGGGCCAGUGCGAAACGGUUGAAGGACAAGCCUUACGAACACCGGUGGGAAUACGACGUAGAGUCCGUAUACUGGACCAUGUACUCCGCGCUCCUCCGGGUUCUUCCACAAGGAUACAUCGACGAGGAGAAUAGCCUGACGACCAACGCCCUUCGGCAAUACUGGCAAAUCCUGUCCGCUCACGAGUUCUUGAAGCGUCCGGGCCAGCACGAGUGCGAGAACCUCCCGCAGGACACGCGGACCCCGCUCCUGGACUGCCCGCCGGACGCCUUCAUCGCGCCCUUCCCGCCCAUCAUGCUCGACGUCGCCCGGUUGCUGUUCGAUAUCGCGCAGCACGUGCGGAUUCCGUACACUGCGCUGUUCCCGGAACCGCAGUACGAUGACCAUUUGCACGAGGCCGUGCAGCGGCUCAUCCUGAAUUACUUGGUACGCCAUACCGGCGACCCGAUCAUGCUCACCCCCGGACGUCUUCGUAUCUCGACGCUCGAGGCGGACGUUGGCGCGUGUCUGAGUGGGCAAGAUUCUGCGGAGGAGGACGCAGAUUGGUCGUUCGAGCACGUCUGGGAGGACACCGCGCCAGAGGACGGGGCCCCUGUUGUAUCGCCCUUGCUCACCGGAACCUGGUUCUAUCCGUACUUCAAGGAGGAUGAGCUAUCCCCGGCGUCCCCGAACCCCCACGGUCACCUCCCCACGGCCUCGCACCUAAAGCACAAUGUCCAAGCUCUGGCAACCCGCCCCCUCCCCGCCACCCCGCUCGGCCGGCACCGCAAGCUCGCGCCGAUCGCGGGCGUGCGCGUGUCGCCGAUCGCACUUGGGGCGGGGAGCAUAGGGGACAAGUGGGAGAAGUACGGGAUGGGCGCGAUGGACAAGACGAGCAGCUUCAAGCUGCUCGACGCGUACUACGACAAGGGCGGGAACUUCAUCGACACCGCGAACGGCUACCAGGACGAGUCCUCGGAGGAGUUCAUUGGGGAGUGGAUGGAGGCGCGCGGCGUGCGCGACCAGAUGGUGAUCGCCACUAAGUACACGACGAACUACAAGCGUGGAGAUGACUGGCAGAACAUCAAGCAGAAGACGCACUACAUGGGGAACAAUAUGAAGGCUCUGCACCUCUCUGUCGCGGCUUCCUUGAAGAAGCUGCGCACGGACUACAUCGACAUUCUGUAUGUCCACUGGUGGGACUUUGACACCACCAUGGAGGAGGUCAUGAAUGGCUUGCACAACCUCAUCGUGUCCGGCAAGGUCCUCUACCUCGGUAUCUCAGACACACCCGCGUGGAUCGUGCCGAAGGCGAACAUGUACGCACGCCUCACGGGGAAGACGCCCUUCGUUAUCUACCAGGGCCUCUGGAACAUCCUCCAGCGCGACUUCGAGCGCGAUAUCAUCCCUAUGGCCCGGGAGGAAGGCCUGGCCCUUGCUCUAUGGAGUGUCUUGGCGUCUGGUAAAAUCCGCACUGACGAAGAGGAAGAGAGGCGGCGGCAGACGGGCGAGAAGGGCGAGUUUUUCGCAAUGCUGUCCGGCGCAGUCCGCUUAACAGUCCGCGUAGGCCGCACGAUCGUGCUACCAGACUGGGAGAGGACCGAGGACGAGAAGAAGAUGUGCAAGGCCCUCGAGGAAGUCGCAAAGCAGGUCGGCGCCAAGAGCAUCCAAGCGGUGGCAAUCGCGUACGUGAUGCAGAAGACGCCAUUCGUCUUCCCCAUCAUCGGCGGCCGCAAGGUCGAGCAGCUCGACGACAACAUCGAGGCGCUGAGCAUCGCGCUCUCCGAGGAGCAGGUCAAGUACCUCGAGAGCAUCCUGCCGUUCGAACCUGGCUUCCCGCAUUCCAUUGUCGGUGACGGAUCGGAGUACAUCGUGUUGGCCAAGACCGCCGGGAACUUCGACAAGUGGCCCCUUCCCCAGGCAAUUCUUCACGGCUCUCUCGCCCGUGCCGGUAAGGUCAAGUCGCAGACCCCCAAGGUCGAAAAGCAGGAGAAGAAGAAGACCCCCAAGGGCCGUGCCAAGAAGCGCAUUCUUUACAACCGUCGCUUCGUCAACGUCACUCUGCUCCCUAACGGAAAGCGGAAAAUGAACGCCAACCCCGAGAAGUAA